UUUCGGCACCCGAACUUGGUCACGCUCCUCGGCUGGGGGAGCCACCAGGCGCAGCGAUACCUCGUCUACGAGCUGCUGUCAGGGGGCGACGCCUUCCAGAGGCUGCAGAAGAGCAUAGCACCCGGCAGCACCCACUUCUUCAUGUGGCACGAGCGCCUCAGCGUGUACUUGGACUCCGCCCUCGGCCUGUCGCACAUGCACAACCACAAGCCCAAAGCCUUCCACCGGGACAUCAAGAGUGCCAACAUCCUGCUCGACAAGCACGGCACUGCCAAGAUGGCGGACUUUGGCCUCAGCUGCACAUGCGACAAGCCUGGUGGGGACAACCUCCACAAGACCGUGAAGGCAAUCAGUGGCACGCCUGGGUACGCCUGCCCCAUUUAUGCGAAGACUGGGAAGGUCACAGAGGGCAGUGAGCCCAUCGCGCUCUUCAGCGGUCUCUGGCUGGCCGUCCUCGGGCUCGGCCGCAUUCUCGGGCGAGGAGGGCCAGCCGUGAAGCAGGAGGCGAAUCGGCCUGGCAUCGUCGCGCCAGAGCCGAUCGCGGCAGGGCCAGGCUCCACUUUGGAAGGCCUCGAGCGACAGAUCAAGUGCUCACAGGAGCUCAAGAAGGACGAGACACAGGUGCAGGCGCUGCGCCACGAGUACGCGGUCGUGCUCUACCAGCUCAUGUUCUCCCGCACGGCCUCCGCCCGCACGGCCAAGCAGCUCAGCUUCGUCAGCCGCGCCAAGCGCAGACUGACGGAGGCCACCCAGCUGCAGACGGAGGCGCAGCUAUACCUGGACUCAUGCGUUGCACAAGUGCUCGCAGUACACGAAGAGCUUGCACAUGCAGAAGACUUUCUCGAGACUUUCAGAGAUUUGGAAGACAACGAGGAGCAGGACAACGAGCGCAAGCAGGCCGAGGCUCGCGCCCCUUGCAACAGCAUGUGCGCCUCGGUCACGUGCCAAGUGGCCAGCAACGCCAAGUUGAGGCGCUACCAGCCCCGCUACGCCUGCUGGCACACGCUCGCCAAGCAUGCCGACCACCAGUCUCCCGCCUGGAGCUACACCAUGUUCGGGUUCAGCGGAUUCGAGAUCAGAAUUGCCUACACCAGGCUCCUUGAGUUCAAGACGGCCAUGGCGGACAUCCAGAAGCAGCUCGCCGACGCCAGCCUGAACAGGCGGGCCCUUCGUAAUCUUCUAACCUGCGACGCCCCGCGCUGUUGCCUUGCUUACUUCCUGCACGGCGCCGUGCUCAGUGCCGACCGAGCCGAGGAGCUCAAGCAGCAAGAGGUCAAGGAGCGCGUGCUCGCGUGCCUCGACCGCACGGCGAGCUGGCCCUCCGGCGUGGCGAAGGAGCUGGCGGCCCUGAGCCUCAGGUGCGUCAUCUCGUCGGACGACAAGCUGCGGCCACUGUUCAUCGAGAUCGUGCGCACGCUGCGGAAGAUGACGGAGGACUACCCAAAGCCCAGCCCGCAGGCCCAGGUGGUGAUCGUUCAGCAGUCAGCGCCGGCGAUCAGCCCGGGUGCCCCUGCUGCGCAAGUUCAGCACCCCAACGCCGCCACCCCUGGGAAGUCCCCGCAGCAGCAUGGCGCGGCACAGGGCCGCAACGCCAGGGAGGUGCCGGUCGAGUACUUGCCCGCUGCGAGGCAGUCGCCCGUCUGCCUGGAACUCGUCAAGGCACAGGGCCUCGACGUGGACUCGCUCCCGCAUGACCUUCGGCGCCUGCCGCUGGCGCCGCCGGCGGGUAGCGCACCGCAGUCGACGGGCGCGUUUGCCGCACCCGUCGGGAGGGAACACCAGCCAGAGCUCUUCAACGCCUGGCUCCCGGACGUCAGCCUGCAGAACUGCGUCUCGCGCACCGCCUUCGAGAUCAGCUGGACUUGGGACCGGCGGCGGCGCGCAGCUGGUCGCGCGGGGCUCGAACCCCGUCUCGGUGGACGGCAGGACGACGGAGCGCGGCGUCCCCGUGGCCCUGCGGCCGGGCGCCGAGAUCGGCUUCGUCGGCAGGGAGGUCUGCGGCGAGGCCAUGGUCUUCCUGCUGGUCCGCGCCGUGAUCAGGCCGGAGCAGCAAGCCGCAGCUGGCGCCGUGGCAGACUCUCGGACCCCGUCCAGCGGGGCUGGCAAGUGGCGCCUGGUCUGCGUGCGCGCAGAAGGUUUCGCGGACGGCGAGAUCGAGGCGAUGGCAGAGGAAAGAAGAUGCAUCGACCUCACGGAGGGGUCCACUGUGGUGGGCCGGCAGCACCAGUCGAGCAUGUUCGAGUACCUGUUGUCUCGAUCUCCCUCGCGGAUGGGCUUGAUCUCUCGAGCUCACCUGCAGAUUCAGGUUCAAGGCGCCUCGCUGAACGCGACGAACCUUAG